AUGAGCUCACCUAGUCUACAAGGCAUAACGUCACUCUCGGAUGUUUCGUCCGUUCCAGACAGCCCCAAGUCGUCUUUGAGCGCACCAAGCCUCCAAGCGCGCACGCCCUCCCAUUCUUCGACGAGCUCUGGGCCCGCUGAACAACGAUACGCAUCGUUCAAGGAGUUGGUGUCUGGCGGCGAGGGAUCACGCACUCUAGGAGCCGCAUCGACUGGACUGGAGGCUUUGAGAGACAUUUUCGAGGCAACCAGUACGGUUCCCAUGGUGAAGUACCUGGCAGGAGUUGGAAUACAGCUCUUGCAAUACGUCAUCGAUAUGCAAAUUGCCAAUGACACGUACGGGAACCUGGCACUCCGCGCAAAGGACGUCAUCGUGGCAGUUGCACAAUCCUGUAAAGGUUUACAGGCGUCUAUGGCUCCUCAACUCGAGAGCGACCUCCGGCAGCUGACAGACUCUAUGGACGCGAUUCUCGCCUUUGCUGUGGAGAGAACGUCUCGAGGGACAUUAAAGAAGUUGUGGAAUAAGUCUGAGGACGUAGCGUCGGUGAAGGCGCUUGAUGUGCAGCUGACGCACUCCUUUGUCCUGUUUUUGAUCCAGUCGAAUGUUGUUUCGCGACGACAGCAAGACGAGAUGAUCAAGCGGCUCGCAGACCUAUCCGUUUCAUCAGCUUCCCCCCUCCCGGAAUUGAUUACCGAUUGCCCGCUGCGCGUCGAAGAAGGUGUCUACCUCGUCCAGAACGCUGCCAGUGGCAAGAUCUUGGAGAUCGAGGACUUCAAGACCUAUGGGGCUUUUGAACCCGUACACGUAUUCUUGACUGACCGGCCAGAGAGACCGUCGCAGACUCAAUUGUGGUCGGUUCGGAGGAAUGCCUUCAAGGACUUCGAGUACAACAUCGUCAAUCUCUCCACGGGUUACGUUCUCAACAUCAAUGGGAACUCGGAUCGAGACGGCGCUAAGGUUAUAGGUUAUCCUUGGAAACCUGCAGACGGAAACUCCAAAUGGGCGUUCUGGGGAACCAGAAAAGGAACUCACGGGGACUAUUGUACAAUACGCAGUACUGGUCUUCCUACGAUCUUAGACGGCGCCUGUCCGAACGCGAAGAAUAAGCCCAACUGUAUCGACUCACACGCGACCCGUCUUACCAGCGCUGGGCCAAGCUUCUCGCAGGAGUGGCAACUCAUAUCCAUGUCCACUAGUACUCGUCCGGACUCGGGUACGGAGCUACCGAAUGCGGCGUCCACGCCCUCUCGCCGCCGGUUGCUGCUACAGAACGUACAGACCGGGUUCUUCGCAUCCCGGGUAGACAAGCCGGAACCAGGGUCAAACGUCGUCCUGACGUCGACGGCAUUACCCAGCAGCGCCUGGUCCUUCAUGUACAUCAACACCAUCCGACGGGACCGUUUCGCCAUUCUCAAUUGCUCGCAACCUUUCUCCUUGGCCCAACACGCCGGCAAGUCUAUCUAUGUCGGACUUUAUCGGCCAGAAGGUCCAUUCCACAAGUGGACCGCGCAUGCCCGCGAUGGCGCUUUCAUACUCAGGAAUGCAGAAACGAAUAUGCUUCUUGCAGCGCGUUCUGGAGCUGUUGACGUUCUUCCAAGGAGCGCACGUGACGAUCCAGCUUGCCAUUGGCGUCUGAUAGACGCCCAAACGAACGAGCACGUCCGUAUUCUGUGUGACUCUACGUUGACUGUGGUACCAUCGGAACUCGCAGGCCCCGCACCCGAUCUCUCGGAGCACUACGCGAAACCGCUUGUCAUGCGGACCGUCCCUGCGCCUCUGAAGAUGCAGAAUGCUCUCGUGGACAGCUUCGGGCGGGAGCACGCUACUAUCCGCGCGAUGCUGGAGGAGGGUUAUUCCGCAAUCGUUUGCGCGCCUCGUACAAUUGCCGGAUGGCGGAACGGAGAGACCAAGACGGUGAAAAUCGAAGACGAUGAUGUGGAGUUCAAGUGGGUGUCGGCGGAUAUCCAGCCAUGUUCUUGA